CUAGGGUUUGCUAAAGUGAGAGGAUGGGCGUGGUCAGGGAGGUUCUCAGGGCUGGCACUGGCGCGAUUCCAAAGCCCGGCCAGAGUGUCACGGUGCAUUGCACUGGCUAUGGCAAAAACAGGGAUCUCAACCAAAAGUUUUGGAGCACCAAGGACCCUGGACAGAAACCCUUUCAGUUCAAGAUUGGACAGGGAAGUGUGAUCAAAGGGUGGGACGAAGGUGUCAUGGCAAUGCAACUGGGAGAAAUCGCUCGGCUCAAGUGCACUCCGGACUAUGCUUACGGGAAGGAUGGAUUCCCUGCGUGGGGCAUUGAACCAAAUUCCGAACUUGUUUUCGAGAUCGAAGUUCUUAGCCUUGGUUGAGAGAGUUGCCGUACCAUACAAGAUAGACAGUGAAUGCCAUGCUGCUUGAAAUCUAAUCGUGAUCGCUUUCAUCACUAAAGUAGCCGCUGCUCUUUCUCGGCCCCUUUGAAACA